CAGGUCCCACCGAUUUGACCUUCCCAGAAUAGGAAGCCAGGCCUCAAAAUGGCCAAGCUUUUGUUUAUUUGGGCUUUUGUUGUUAUUGGGCUCGACUUUCCCGUGCAAGGUGGGACAAGUUGAUCAGAAUCUAUCCAUCAACCCAGCGGAGCACAUGGCUUCUUCGAAGAAACGGGCUCAUCUGACCCUGGAGACCCCGGAGGACACAAGCUCCUCCGAGUCCUCGGGCGGGGAAGAAGGCGAGGGCGUGUCAUCGUCCGACGAGAUGGGUGGGAUUCAGAAUGGACAGGGCGGGGGGUUGGCGGCGGAAUCGGAAAUCCAAGUGGAAUUCGAGGCUCGCACGCCGGAAUCGUGUCAUUUCCACGGAGUCCUGAGAUUGUUACAGGGUCUCUUCAAAUACCCCCACGACAUUCCAUUGGCCCAAUUGGCCGAGACUUUGAUUCAACAGAGACAAGUGGGCAGCGUGGUCACGCAAAGUGCCGACACCGAUGAUGAGGACGACGAGGAAGAGGAGUUGGCGGCGGGUAUGAAUCCGGAUUUCAGCGCCAAUAACGACGUCUUCGGAUUACUGACCCUCUUCAACAUUUCCGACCACACGCCUUUAGCGCGGGCCGUGGUCAAGUACCUGGAUAGCAUAGCGCUCAAAGAGAGCGAUAAGAUCUUUCUCAAGAGUCUGACCCAAGGGGGAGGUCCGGGAGCCCAAUCUGCCGGACUCAUCAUCUCGGAGAGGAUCGUGAACUUGCCCUCGCAGAUCUCGGUCCCUUUGUUCGAGACGCUCUUCAGCGAGAUUCAGAAAGCCAAAGCCCGUGGAUUGCCCUUUAACUUCCAGCAUUAUGUGCUGAUUACUCAAGUACUGAAAGAGGACGGCCCAGGUCCCGCCCAGGGGGAUCAUUUUGUCAAGGUCGAGGAGGAAAUCAUCCAGGAGCAUGCGGAACGCGUGAUCGAGACCAUGCCGGCAGGCUAUGGCGGGACCAAACCGGCCAGUCUCCGGGGUAACGAUGUGUAUGAGCCCAAUUGGCGGAUCUUGGUGCUGGCUGAAAAUAAGAGCCAGGUUGUGAUGGAGGCUAUCAAGACCGCAUUUCCCAUUUGAUCCCACUUCCUCUUUGUUACACAUGUGCUCCAAUUGGAAUACACCCUACAUAGUACA